GAAUUGAAAUUUGAAGGAAGAGAAGAGUGUUUGGAAAAUGAAUGGAGAUUGGAUGGAAUUGGAUUUAGCAUUUGGCGACGCCAUUUCUGAACUCCAAUUCGCGCCUCACUCUAACAACAACCUCCUCAUCUCUUCUUGGGACUCCAAUCUUCGCCUCUACGACGUCGACGCCUCCAUCCUCAGACUCCAAGCUCCUUCCCAAGCUCCUCUUCUCGCUUCCUGCUUCCCAGACCACGCCCUUGCCUUCACCGCCGCCUCCGACGGAUUCAUCCGAAGGUAUGACUUGCAUUCUGGACAUGUUGAUACAGUGGGUAGUCACGAUGAUAUAGCAACGUGUGUUGGAUAUUCCAAUCAAACAUGUCAGUUGAUCACAUCUGGAUUUGACAAGAAGUUAAUUUCGUGGGACAUGCAUACGGAGAAGGCUUCUUCGUGUUUGAGAAGUCUAGAUGCAGAGGUGGACUCCAUGUAUGUCUCUGGGUUUAAUCUUACUGUAGCCAUUGGAGCAUCAGUGCAUGUUUAUGAUUUACGUAACUUUGACAAACCAGUUCAAUCAAAAGAGGCAUUGAAUGGACCACACUUGAGCUGUGUUAGUUCAAUUCCAGAUGCAGAAGGAUUCGCAGUUGGGUCUGUAGAUGGACGAGUAUCACUGCAGAUUUCCUAUCCAUCCAGUUCAAAUGACAUUAGAUAUAUAUUCCGGUGUCAUCCAAAAUCAAAGGAUGGACGGCAUUAUUUGGUAUCAGUGAAUGACAUUGCAUUCAGUCCACUUGUAUCUGGUGCUUUUGCCACCGGUGACAAUGAAGGUUAUGUUACCAUAUGGGAUGCUGGAAGUAGGAAAAGACUAGUUGAGUUUCCCAGACACCCAAAUAGUGUUGCAUCCUUAUCAUACAACCACGAGGGACAGCUUCUGGCUGUAGCGUCAAGCCAUUCUUACCAAGAAGCAAAUGAAAUAGAAAAACCACCUCGUCUAUUCAUCCAUAAAGUGGACAACAUUGAUAUUGGAUCAAUCUCUGCUAGCAGGAAUAGUUAAAGCAUUUAUGCAAUGCUUGCCAAGGAAGUGUACUUGGAGGAGGCACCGCGGUGAAGAAAAUAGAUUGCAUAAUUUGUAAUUCUUUUAAGAGGUAAAAGGAGAUCAAGAAAAAUGUUGGGAAAAAAAUGUUAAAAAGGAAUGCAUGAUAAAUAACUUUAUUAAAAAGUUAUUUAUAAUGAAGCCUAAUAACGUUAUGUGAUUUAUGGAGCCUUUUUCAGUUAGUGCGAUAUGGAGGUUGUUGAUCCAAAAUUUAUCAUUUUAGAAAGAAAAGAAAAUCAUUAUAUAUUCUGUUUGAAAGGAAUCAGCAUCUAAACUGGAAAAAAAUGACAAACAUACAAGUUGAGGGAAUAUACUCUUUGAGCCCCAUAUUUGGCGCCCAUUCACACUCUUCAAUGUAAAAAAUCUUUAGAUUAACUGAAUUAUUGGUU